AUGUCUGUGAUCAAGCUAAAAGGCGCAUCCGCAAUUGUGACGGGUGCUGGCUCAGGUAUCAGCUUUGAAUAUACAAAGCUUCUCUACGCGCAAGGAUGCAGCGUUUUGAUUGCAGACAUAGGUCUGCGCCCCGAAGCUGAAGCAUUUGUCGAAUCGGCUGCAACAGAUGAUCAAAAAGCAAAAGUGAUAUUUCAUCGGACCGAUGUCACGGAUUGGGUUCAACUGGAAAUAAUCUUCGAUAUAGCUGAGAAAGAAUUUGGAAAGAGCCCAGAUAUUAUCUGCGCAGGGGCUGGUAUCUAUGAACCUCCAUCAUUAGGCUUCUGGGCCGAUAAGGAUCCUGCAUCUCACUACAAAAUCCUCGACAUCGAUCUACUCCAUCCAAUCAAAAUCACACGUAUCGCCAUCAGGCAAAUGUUGAAGGCUGCCAGAAAAGGAAUAAUCCUGCACAUAUCCAGUGUCGCUUGUGAAACGGCCAGCUUGGUCACCCCUCUUUACUCUGUGGCAAAACAUGGAGUGGCUGCUUUUGUUCGGGGGCAGGCAGGCUUGGAAGAGCUCUACGGGAUCCGGGUCGUUUGUAUUGCGCCUGGGUCUAUCAAAACGCCUCUCAUGCUUUCGGAUCCACAGGUUCGACAUUGGCUAGACCUGGAGAAAGACUACAUGCUUGAACCCUCGGUUCUUGCUGAUGCCAUGUAUGCCGUGACCGUGAACAAGAACAACAGAUAUCCAGCCGGCACCAUCUUGGAAGUCACGGACGAUGAAGAGGAGAAAUGGCGCCCGAUCCCCUUAUACAACAACCCAGGACCUCAGGGACGAGCGACUGGGGCCAGCAAGAAGGAUUUGGCCAUCAACGAAAUUAAAGGUAUAUUGGCCUCUGAGGCGGGUUCGUCGUAG